AUGGAUCUUAUUAAAGUUUAUGAUCCAAACAUUCCCAGAGUGUUUGCAAUUGAUAAUUCUGGAUCGACAGGUGGGGUACAGUUAUAUUGGAAUAGCGUUCGAACAAUUAUUCAAAAUUUCUUCCGAAAUGAUAAAGAUCAAAUCAUUCUCUGGAACAGCAAGGCAGAAAUGUCAAAUAUUAAUAAAUUAACUGAAGUUAUAUCAAGAAGGAAAGGAACUGGUGGAACGUAUCCUUCUUCAUUUGUUGAUUUUGACUGUUUACACAAAGAAGAUGUUCAUUUGUUUUUGAUAACUGACGGUGAAGUUAUGUCUGUUGAAGAAUGCGAUAAGAAAAUCAAAUCUAAUCCCUUACAUUUAGCCUAUACCACAGUUUUUAUCAUCAAUUCUAGUCCAGAUCUAUCUGUUUGUGCCCCAUUUUGCAGAAAUAAUACCAGCCAAAUCUUGACUGCUGUUGAUGAAUCCAAAUUUAAAGAAGAGUUCUAUGUAACUAAGUCUCUUUUGGAAACUGUGGAAGUUAUAGACGAAAUCAAAACAAUGGAGCAGCUUGAUUCUGCUUACGACGACUUAUACAAUAGUUUAGUUUUCAAAUUCGUUGGUACAAACGGAGAUGUUGGCAUUAAAGAGAAGCUUAUCAAACUCAGAUCCUUACUUGUAAAACAUAAUGCAUCAGAAGAACUAGAAAAUGCUGUCCGUUCCGGUAAUUUCGAAUUAGCCGUUAAAAUCAGCAAAGAAUUUCCAAAAAACAAUCCAGCCGCCAAAAUCGAUAAGCUCAUCAGCAUUGCGAAUGGCUCAAUGAAGAACGUUUUCGGCAUCGGCCAAAUUAAGUCAAAUCGCGCUGCCAGAGCUGUUACAGUCCAAGACAUGGACAUUAGUGACUUGAAUGACCUUGGCGAUGGCCAACCAGACGAAACACCUGUUCUCAUUUUAUCAAAACUUCCGAAAAAAGUGAAUAGUCUCUUAUCAUGUUUUGAUGCAGAAAAAGUGAAGAAACAAAUUGAUUUCCCACUGAAUGCAUUGCUUCAUAUCAGGUGCAUCAAGCGCAUUCAAGACCACGUAAUAGCUAGUAUUCCAAACAGCCAAUUCAUGGAAAUCGAUAAAAUACAAGACGAAGUUUUGGAUGAUGAAAACUUUUAUAUUCCAAUGGGCGGAAUUCCUCUUGGAUGUGAUCCAACACACGUCAAGAUGGCGAACAAAACAAUCAUGGAUUUCAUUGCAGGAGGAAAGAAACUUGGAAAUCCAGAUUUCUGGUUCGCAACAAUUUAUUUCUGUCUCGAGAAAGCGGAUCCAGACAAAUCUAAAUAUGCAGAGUUGAUGGUUCCACAACUCAAAUACAGAUUGCGUAAGAGAUUUUCGACUUUGUCUCUUUCAGGAGCUUCAAAUUUCAACCUGACAUCUUUACCAAUCGAUAUCAGCUUGUGGUACACAUUAAACUCUAUCUAUUUCGAGUCAGAUGUCUUCAAUCUCCAUGCAAGUCAUAUUAAAUAUCUCCAGGAAUUGUACGAAAUGACUUCUUUGAUGCCUUUGGAUGAAAAAGUUAAAACAGCCAUCAAAGUUGUCGGUGCCAAGAAUUAUUUGCAUAAGCUUGCAAGAACUAAUCCACUUGCAUUCGAAUCGAAGAAGAACGAAAUUCUUUAUAAUACAGUUACAAUCAAUCUUUCUAAAAUGAAAUUCGAAGUUCCUAUUGAUGGAGUUUCAAAAUAUGAUGAAAAUAGUUUUUCAAUGAUGGCAAAGUUAUGUCAAAUCACCGACAGAAACAUCGCUUGCCAUUUGAUCCCAAUUCCAACAGAAAUUCCUGAAAUAAAGAAGGAAGAUUAUCAGGAGUGGAAGAACUACAAAUUUGUUCCAUUUACAAUUUAUCCAAAGACUUUCAGACCACCUGUAAACCAGUGUCCUCCUUUCAAUGAAUUGAAGAAUUCAAAUGCUGAAGUUGUUCCUUGGACAAAAAUCUUUUACAAGGCUGCAAAGAGAAUCAAGAAAUUCCCAAAUACAAAUGACUUAGCGUAUCAGACAUAUUUGGAAUACGUCAAGUCAGGAAAGAAGAAGACUUUGAUGCCAGAUGUUUUGAAAAUUUGUUCCCAAGUUGAAAAAGCUUAUAAACCUGCCAUUCAAGGAACACAAGUUGACGAUUUCUUGAAGAUAUUCAACAUGUCAGCUAACAGAGAAAAGAGAAUGGAGAUGGAAAAUGAGAAAUAA